AUGGGCGACCAGCGCGACUCGAUGGGCUUCUUCCUGGACGCCUCGCCGAGUGUCCAUCCGAAGCGCCGCGGCCGGGGCAAUCGUUGGUGGCGGCGAAUUGUCCGCACCAAGAACUUCCUCCUCUUUCCCGUGGGCUUGGUGGCCAUUGUCCUGCUGGCGGUGGCCUUUCUCUUCAGCCCCGACUCGGAGCAGGCACCUCGGAAUGAGGCUGCCAGCGUGACGACAGCCACAUUGGCCACCAAAACUGGUGGCCCGGCAAAGAAUAAGAUCGACAAGUUGCUGACGACGGCCGGUGGGUUUGAGGAGCUAUCCGGCUUUGAGACCGAGGCCCCGGCCACUACUCGGGCACCACCGACCGAAGCCCCGCCUUUCGCCAAGUCCCCACCCUCCAAGGCCCCAACUUCCAAAAGUCCCCCUUCCAAAGAUUCAGGGUCUUCGGUGGCCAACGGCAAGUCCGCCACCCCUCGGCCGUCAGAGGGCAAGAUGGCCCCCAGUGACAAGGCCCAGCAGGUGGAGCCUCCAGGCCCGGACCCGGCCGCUGAGCAUAUUGCCUCUCGCCCGGGCGAUGGCUCCAUCUUCGACGAGGAGUACUCCGACCCCAUCACCACGUACUCCCAAACCGGAUCGCACGCGGUCAUUUACGACCACUUGUUUAAUCCACCCGCCUCGUCAUACGCUUGGGAGCGCUUGUGGCCAGGGACGGCCGAGCGCGAGCUCACCAUCUCCGGGGCCUAUCUCCUGAGCCAACGGUCUCCGGCCUCCGAGCGGGCCUUCCUCCAGCCGCCGGACCCGGAAGUGGCCCUGACCCGUCGUCGGGGUAUCCGUCAGACGGGCCCGCCCGGGCCCAGCGGGGGGCCGCUGCACGAUCCGCGCGGCGCGUCGGUGGUCGUGGUUAUGCAGUAUGUGCGCCAGACGUGGUUCGAGCGCAUGCUCCAGGUGGCCGAAUACUUCUCCUGGGCCCAGGAGCACCUGGAUGCCGAACGCCUGCGUGACAUGCAGCACUUGGGCCGGGCCGACCAUGCGUCGCGGGAGCCGGUUGCCGGGGGCCGGCGCCGGUCUCCACCCGGUGCCUGGGACUCCACCGGCAACACCCCGCCGCCGGGGUUUGUCCUUGGCUGCCGAGUACGCGUGGCUGUGCCCUCGGGCGGGACUGUCACCCUGCUGGCCGAGGCCCGACUGAGCUUGCUGGGCCAGCCACAGCCAGCCCACAUCUAUCGCGUGGGCUUGGUCUUUUGUGCCCUGUCGCGGCAGCAGGCCGACACGCUGGCCGGCCUGGCCUCGGCCGCCGCCAGCGACACCGGGCCCGGGCCCCGUGUCUCGCCCUGGCCGGCGGACGGCGUCCGGGUGGACCUGCUGGCCUUGAUGCCUCGCGGGACCCACCGUCUGCUGGAGCUCCUCGAGGCCGGUGAUCUCCCGGAGCCCGAGCCAGCUCGAGCCCGGCGCCGCCGUGGGGAUCAUGCUGACAAGUUGGAAAGCAGUGGCGCCCCCUCGGAAAGCGAUCCCGACAGUCACCCCCACGAGGAGGAAGACUCCGACGGGGAGGAAGACGGCGAGUCGGCCGGCUUGCGCCUGCUGGCCGAGGCUCGGACCCCCGAGGGGCAUGUUCGUCUGGUGGAUGGGUUGGAAGUCCGGGCGCCGGCCUUCGAUCCACCCGCGGCCGCCGCCUCGGCCGAGCUUCACCAAUGGCUGGAUGCCCUGGACCGGUCGCUGGACCUCGGGCCCGGGGAAAGCCCCACAUCGGUCCCCCCGGCCCCGGCAUUUGUCCCGGUGGCCGCUUGCCUGGGGCCGGUGUAUGCCGGGGACCGUGUCGGGCGCCGGCCGCUGGCCCGGCAUUACAUCGAGUGGCUGGAGUACCACCGCAUGGUGGGCGUCCGCCAGGUGCAUGCCUAUGUGGCCGAUACCGGGGACCAAAAUGUGGCCGAUGUGCUGGACUUCUAUGCACGCUGGCCGUCGGUGCCGGCUGGGGAACUUUUGCCAGCCGGUAGCUCGCCACCCGGGCAGGACCCCUCACUCACCGGUGCCUGGCCCGGCCUGCCGCCCGGCGACUCCUGGCCAUGGAAUUGGUCGCCCGAGGUGGAUGGCCCGGCUCGCGGCAAGGAGGCCACUCGGCAAGGGGCCGCGGCUGCGGCCGAUCGCCAGCGGGAAUUCCGCCCGUUGGUGGUCCUGCAUGACUGGCGCCACCAGCGCGUGCUUGGCCAGGGCCGCGUGGCCUACUACGGCCAGCGGGUCCUGCUCAAUGAUUGCCUCUACCAGGCCGGCGACAGCUAUGCCCUCUUGGUGCACAUGGAUGUGGACGAGUUCCUGGAGCCCUCCAGCGCCACCUUGGGCCCGGGGCCGGCCCCCCCGGGCCAGGGGAUCACCCUGCGGCCGUCGCUCUGGACGCUCUUCCGCAGCCAGGUCCAAAGCCUGCAUGCUCGAUUGCAGAGCACCGGCCCCGGGGAGGACACCGCCACCGGGCCCUCGCGCCAGGCACUGGCCAUGCUCAAGUCCCUGAGUUUCCGCAAUCGCUUUGUCAGCGAAUGCGAGCCCGAGCUGUCGGAGGUCGAGCGCCGGCGCCUGGCCGAUUACUUCCGCGCGGUGGCCACCGCCGAGGAGGGUGCGGCCACCUCCUCCGGGCAGAAGGACCAUGGUCCUACGCCACCGGCCCUGCGCCCGUCCAUCACUCCAUCCACCCAGGCGGCUCUCCGGUCUCUUGCCUUCCCCUACCUGGAGGACCCGCCGGCCGACCCGCGUCAGCGGACCAAGGCCAUGCUCCUGACGGCGCGAGUCAUGGAAACCCAAAUCCAUGGGCUGUCCUCCGGGCGUAAUGCCCCGCACGAGCUGGACCUGCCCCUGGACCAGGGGUUCAUGCGGCACUUUGGCCAUGAUCGAGCCAGUGUCGGCCCCGGGCGCCGGGUGGUCGGCGGCGGCCGGGAAUCCUUCGCCGGCGACCCGGCGGUGUGCCGGCGUCUGAUUGACGAGGCCCGCAUUCGCCGGGAGGGCGCCCUGGCUGACACCUUCGGCCGGGAGCUUCGCCGCCGGGUGAGCCUUGUCACGCGCCUCAUCGAGCAGACCUACCGCUGGCCGGUGUCCGAAGAGGGGCACCCGGGGGUCCUGCCCAGCGAUGAGGAUGGCCUCGGUCGUCGGCGCCGUCGGUGAGGCCCCGACUGGCACCAGCCAGCCGCCGUGUCGGCCACCGUCCCGGCGGAGGGGCCCUCCGGCUUUGCUGCUUCGCCCUGCGCCGUGUGUGGGUGUAUGCUAGAGAUAGAGAGGACGCGAGAAAGAGGGAGAGAGAGAGAGGCUGGGACGCGGCAUUCAAACAGACGUAGUGCACACAAACACACUCGCACGCACACACGCCCCCACUUCCCUUAGAAAUGCACACUUCGAGGGGGC